CAAGCAUGCAUAUACUUCUGAGUGUAGUAUUCGUUUCAGUCGCCCUGGCGCAAGAUUUGAUCGUCGAUCUUCCUGAUGGGACAAUUCGAGGAUCCGAAAUCACCUUCCAGAACAAAAGUUAUUAUGGUUAUAGAGGAAUUCCUUUUGCAGCUCCUCCUCUCGGCAAACUAAGAUUUCAGGGUCCGGUACCUCCUAAACCGUGGGAUGGCAUCUUGGAGACCAACGAAACAAAAAGCUGUUGCAUAUCCAUGACGCCUAGUGCUCAGCAGAGCGAAGAUUGUUUAUAUCUCAAUGUAUACACGCCUGCAAGGAAGAUCAUCGAUAAACUGCCUGUAAUGUUUUGGAUAUACGGAGGUGGUUUCACAAUGGGAUGUACAUCUGACGUUACAACCGGACCUUUUUAUCUCUUGGACGAAGAUGUUGUAAUCGUUUAUACCAACUAUAGGUUAGGACUGUACGGGUUCUUAUCCACCCAAGACGACGUAGUUUUGGGCAACGCAGGUCUGAAAGACCAAUUACUGGCCAUGAAAUGGACUAAGAACAACAUCGCUCUUUUCGGCGGAGAUCCGGAAAAAAUAACCAUAUUUGGCCAAAGUGCUGGCGGGUUUUCUGUGGGGGCGCAUAUUGUAAACCCGAAAUCGGCAGGUCUAUACAGGGCAGCCAUUUGCGAGAGCGGAUGUUCGCUUGCAAAUUUGGAAGCUAUGAAACAGAACACCCGCCAAGCUGCGUACGACUACGCAAAAUACGUAGACCCGACGAUUUCCGAACGAAACACGACUACAGAAAUUCGAGAUUUUUUACAAAGCCUGCCAGCGGAAGUUUUGACUCCCGCUUUCGCCGCAAACGGUCUUACCGGUAUAUCCAUUGAAGUUGAACACGAAGAUGCUUACGUCACAAACUUCAGUUUUCCCCUACUUGAGUCUGGAAAUUUUAAUCAAGUUCCUCUGAUGCUUGGAACUACAUCAGCCGAAACAUUUAGUAUCUUAGGUCUUUUUGGUGGAGAGCCGGUAAUCAGCGGCAUAGGAGCAUUUUUUGAUUCGAAUUUGUCGGUCGUCAUACCUUCGGAUCUGGUACUAUUGCCAGGUGCCAACGCAACGGAAAUUGGCUCCAUGAUCAGGGACGCUUACGUUGGGUCCAAUGGAACAUAUAGUCAAGAUUUGGCUGCCGUUAUAGAAGUAACCAGCGAUAAUAUGUUUGUAAAAUCAACGUUGAAGCAGGCUGAAAUUCAGUCAAAUUUUACUCCCGUAUAUCUUUACCAAUUUUCCUUCGAAGGGUCCUUCAAUUUUAUUCCAAUCAUCGAAGGAGCGGGAGCUGCGGGUCACGGGGCAGAAACGGCGUACCUUUUUAGCUCACCGACAAGCGUGUACACCACGGAUGGUGAUAAAUUGAUGAAUAAGCAGAUUGUCAAGCUCUGGGCUAACUUUGCAAAAACAUUAAACCCCACGCCUGAUCCAACGGACCCACUAUUCAAUCUGACGUGGCCAAAAGUUUCGCCGUCCAAUAUUCAGUAUUUAGACUUGGAUGAGAAACUCGCAGUGAAGCCAAACAGAAAGGAAAAGCAAAUGGCAAUGUGGAAUUAUAUUUAUUAUACUUACGGUCAGCAACCCUUUACAGCAUUUUGAAAUAGUUUAGAUUUUAAUGUGUGUGAGGUAUAU